AUGGGCCCCAUCCCCAGGUGCCCCAGCAAGAGCAGAGCAGUCUGGGAUGAGGGAAGGUCCCCAGGAACCUCCUUUCUUCUUUUCCAGGUGAGGACACUCUUUGUCAGCGGGUUGCCUCUGGACAUCAAGCCCCGGGAACUUUACCUGCUCUUCAGGCCCUUUAAGGGGUACGAGGGGUCCCUCAUCAAACUCACCUCCAAGCAGCCCGUGGGCUUUGUCAGCUUCGACAGCCGCUCCGAGGCAGAGGCAGCCAAGAACGCCCUGAACGGCAUCCGCUUCGACCCCGAGAUCCCCCAGACGCUGCGGCUGGAGUUUGCCAAGGCCAACACCAAGAUGGCCAAGAGCAAGCUGGUGGGCACCCCCAACCCCAGCACGCCCCUCCCCACCGCCGUACCUCAGUUCAUCGCCCGAGAGCCCUAUGAGCUCACAGUGCCUGCACUUUACCCCAGUAGCCCUGAAGUGUGGGGGCCGUACCCUCUGUACCCAGCGGAGUUAGCACCUGCUCUACCUCCUCCUGCUUUCACCUACCCCGCUUCGCUGCACGCCCAGAUGCGCUGGCUCCCUCCCUCCGAGGCUGGUUCUCAGGGCUGGAAGUCCCGUCAGUUCUGCUGAAUGCCGGGUCUCAGGUGUGUGAUGGUGGCCUACAGUCAGUCUUGUGGGUAUUAAUGGAGUCUUCCAAGGCGGCUACUGGGUUGGCGUGCUCUCCGCAGAACCACAGUGUGCUGGCUUGAAAAAAAAAAAACAAAAAACCUCACACAAGUUUGGAUUCCUCCAAGACUUUCCCACAGCCUCUAUCACACAUCUGCUCUCCUAGAAGAAAAACGAAAAGCAUACCUAGUAAUAAUAUUUUCCUCUUUUACACUGUAUAUUUGUAAGAAAGAGUGUGUUACUUCUGAAAGCAUGGUUUGACAGGCAUUGCUGUAGUGUUUGAAAAGUCUUUUCAAACAGAACCAUAGGAAAGCAGACUACAAAAAAGAAAAAAAAAAAAAAAAACAAAAUGAGAGCAAGUUUUUUUGUACCAAACCUCCUAAAUAGGACAAUCUUACACUGGGUCGGACCACAGGUUUUGUGCUUGACUUUUGAAUGCGUGUAAUUAAGAGUGUCUAUCCUCGCCCUGCCCCAUCAGCUGCAUGUCGAAGGCAUGAUGUUCACGUGCGUGCGGAUGUCGAGAUGCACGAUUUGGGUCUGUAGGAAUUGUGCUUCCCUCUGGCACAGGGACUGUGCUCCGGCUGUGUCGGCACGACGUCUGCAGACACGUACAGUAUUACCGUUUUCUUCCCAGUUGUACCAAACAACAACCAGGCAGGACAAUCAGAAACUUUCUUAUGGUGUUUUUUUUUACCUUAGGGCUAUGUUAAUAGCUUGCUGUGCAAAGCUUCGGCAUGGUACAACGGCUCGGAUCAGGGAUGGGCAGAGACAGCCCACACAUGUAGCAAGGUGACAAUUUGCCUCCUCCUCCUCCUGCCAUGACUGCUUGAAGUUGUUAUGGGCAACGUAAACUGCUGUAAUGAGAGAAAAAAAAAACAAACAAAAAACCAAGCCCUCCGUUCACCAGCUUACUCGAGGUUGGGCACAAGUCCCGAGCGAGCCGAGGGGCUUAGACACGUGCCUACCGUUACGCCAAAGCGCUGGGCUGAACUGGGGUUGUAGUGUCAAAGUUACGCCGGUCUGGUGGCUCGCUGUGUUUAAUUUCCAUGUUUCCAUGUGCAAAGACAAGAAGGGUGCUAACACCCUUGGGGCAGUAUCUGUAGCCUUUACAGAGAUAGCAUACCAGCAAAGAGACCACUUGACUUUACUAGUCUUUCCUUCUCCUUGCUCCAGGAGGCAUUUGGAAAAAGAAAGAACAAAGCAAACCAAAACAAAACCUCAAAAGAGUUUUCAGUUUCGUGCAAAACUUCUCCUUCCAUUGCAUUUCCCCAAAGCCCCAUCUCUGCUACAGAGUACACCGAGCUCAGCCGCUGCCCGGGCUUCGCCGUGGCCGUUUUCCCAGCUGCACUGAAGACACAGGGUGCCUGUGGCCUUGUGAAACAUCCUAACCUUUUUCCUCCUCCUUCCUUUUAUUCCGUGGGUGGGCCACAACAAGACAGCUGAGAUUUCGGCUGCUGGAGCCGGGGCGGGGCGAGGGGUGAGAUGGUGCAGUGGGAAACUGACCCCUUGGGGUCUUCUGUAAAAAGCGGGAUUGAUAAAGGCGACGCGAGAAGAAAUCAAUUCCAAGACAAACCUCUGAGCGGCUCUAAAAGGAACGAUACCAGCGUUUCCAAGCGACGGACUAACUCUUUUAGCAAACUAUUUCCUGUACUUUGUCUUGUGGAGAGGAGAGAAGCUUCCACAUUGUCUACUCCGCUUUUGGAAAUAUGUUUAAAGGUACUUUUCUAUUGUGAUUUUUUAAAAAUAAAACCAGUGAUUAUUAUAAGUUA